UAUUUAUGUUUACACUUAUAUCUGAACUAAAUGCGAGCAUAUCUUGCUAUUUUAAUAUGAUAUGUUUUCGAAACGCCAAAUAAUGUUAAUUCUUGGAAUAACCAGCACGGCAUUGUUAUUUGGAUUUUACUAUGAAUUUCUUGAAUUAAGUUAUAAUCCAGUGGGAACUAAAAAUAUUGAAUACUAUUCUCAAGCUUCAGUUGGUUAUAAUGAUGAGUAUAAACCCUCGUAUAACAUACAACUUUUCAGAAACUCAUCUUUUGUUAGAUUUCCUAGCGAUAUCUGUAAUGACAAUGUCACUCUUCUUGUGUUUAUUGUCUCUGCCUCACAAAACGUCUUAGCUCGCGAAGCAAUAAGAAGUACAUGGGGCACAGCAUGCUCAAAUUCGCACAGAGAUGCCAAAUGUGUCUUUGUCGUUGGCAGAAGUCGAAACGAAUCACUUAAUCGCUACAUUUGGAAAGAAUCUGAUGUCUAUAGAGAUAUUCUGAUUGUGUCAUCUUAUGAUGCGUAUUCGAAUUUAACCUACAAAACAAUGCUUGCCUUACAAUGGAGUACAAUGAACUGUAAUGGAAAAAUAAAGUUUGUGAUGAAAACGGACGAUGACAUGUUUGUAAGUGUAACUAGCCUGACUGCGUACUUGAACAAUGCUCCAAAACAGAGUAUCUUUAUAGGGAAGUGUUGGGGCCCAGCUAUGCCAAAUCGAAAUAAGAAUUCUAAAUGGUACGUUUCUUUGAAACAGUACAAUCACACACACUAUCCAGUAUUUUGCAGCGGAACUGGAUAUGUUUUGUCUUACGACGUGGCAGUAUCUGUCGUUCAGAUAUCAAGCACAGUUCCAUUUUUGUAUUUAGAAGACGUUUAUGUUGCCAUUUGCGCUCAUAGGCAAGGAAUAAUUCCAAAAAAUGUUGCAGGAUUUUAUAACACAAAAAAAGUUCUUAAUUCAUGCAAAGAUGUCCAUACGGUAUUCACGUCCCAUGGAAUAUCAGCAUCCGAAAUGUGGGAUGUAUGGAAGAAACUUGGAAAUUGUAAUUCUACAGAUAUAGUUGAAUGAACAUCAUAAACGUGAUAUUAAGAAUCUGUCUAGCGUGUAUAAUAUCCGGAUUAAUUUGAUUGAUGAAACCAAAAAAUAGUUGUAGUAAGUCUUUUAUUUUGGAAAAAGCAUAUAAAGUGAACACGCAUCUUGUUUAACAAAAUAAAAGGCGAGAAAAGCAAUAAGACAAAACAUACAGUGCCAUAACCAUGAUGUUCCGGGAGAUAUCGGUAAAAUACCGAGUAUCACCGGUUUGGCUGAACCAAUCAUCAAUCUGUUUGACCGAGUAGGAGAAGUUUUGCUGAUAACAAUGCUAUUCCGAGUUCCAAGUCUUCAUUUUUUUUUGAGAGAAAAAAGUGUCCGGCGUUCAAAAUGGCAGCAAGAAUUUGUAAUAUGAUAAAAAUUUAUAUCACAUAACCCUAUGAUGGUCUUGAUGAUUGGGUUUGGUUAAAGCCAAAAACCGGUUAAAUGACCUCUGGAUUGGCUUUCAUAGAGCGCGUUUAGAUUUGCUUGAUAAUGAAUGGUUGACUGUAACCACAGAAGAGAUCUUUGAGCUCUUGACGAACUCCUCUGUAUUAAGAAAUGUACCAUGUGUGCUGUAUCACAGUAAAUUAGAGUGCAGUUUAAAACAUUUUGUGUCAAGUGGAUUUUUGCGCUUCGAUAUGCACAAAUUUGAAAGCCAUAAUUGGGUUAGGGCAUUAGUUGACUUCUAUAUAUAUAUAAACACGUUAUGGCUUGUAUGUAUUUGACCUAGGACGAACUUUAGGGUUGCUUGAAACUAGAAUAUCAACACGUUAGGUUGGUAAAACACUGGAUUAACUUUGACUUAUUAAACAAAAUUUUACUUAAACAUAAAUAAAUGAAAUAAUAACA